AUUUCAUUUUCGCACAGAGUACUACAUUUUCUAUGCUCUGGAGCUUCUGGGGAAUCCAGAGAAAGACUUUUUUCGCAUAGCCUUUUCCCUUUUUGUUUGAUUUUUUUUUUUAAUUUUGUGCUCUUCUAUCUUCCCUUCCCUUUUUAACUCCAUCGAAUUCUGUUAAAAACCCACUAAAUCCCUUUCUUCCCCAACUUUCUUCCUACUUUUCCCCUCUCUUUCUCUCUGUUCACUUAAUUUUGGCCUCUUCUGCUCCCGCCGCCGCCGCCCCGACCACUCUUUAUCUCCAGUCAUCAUGGAUGUUAAUGUUGCAAAGGAGUGCAAGAGGAGCGGCCAAAUCCCGGCAUUUGGGAACUGGGAUUACGCCAACGAUCUCCCCAUCACUCAGUAUUUCGAGUCUGCGAGGCAGGCCGGCCUGCUCCGCUACAGCUCUUCCUCCGGCGAAUGCGAUCUUUACGGCGCCUCCACCGGUCACUACGUCGAUUCUGACAUCAAGAAGCCUCCUCUCUCCUCUGUUUUUCCACCCAGAAAGACAAGGGGGAGAGAGAGAGAGAGAGAGAGAAGAAAUCCGCAAGUGAAGGAGCAGAAGAAGCAAGGGAAGGUGUGUGACGUGACGGAGCCGCCAAGCAAACGUCCCACGCCCCAAAAGCUGCCCCACGUCCGCGCCCACACCCGCACCGCCCACCCUAAAGCUAAACCACCGCCACCGCCGCCGUCUGCUGCCGCCAAGCCUCCCAAGGCUGUCGACGAAGAUCUCUACAAAAUCCCUCCCGAGCUCCUCGGCACUUCUAAGCGGGUGCGCCCUUCCCUUCCCUUCCCUUCUCUUCUCUUCUCUCCGUUCAUUUUUGAUUUGUUUAUUCUUCUGUGCGUAUUUUUAUUUAUUUAUUAUUGUUAAAGCAAAACCAUUAUUACUCUUCAAUUUAAGUAAAAGAAUGUUCACUUUUUUCGUGAUUUCAAAAAUUUAUGAGCUUUUUAAAUUAAAAAAUUAGACUUGUGGACCUUCUCUAAUUUUAAUGUAAAAAUAAGACUUUUUAAAAUAUAUAUAAAGAAAAACAAACAAAGAAAACCCAUCAAGCGUCUAAGAUAGUCUGAAAAUUUUAAGAUAUUAAGAGUUGUUCUAUGAAAUAUUAGAAUUGGAAAAAUAUUUAUACUAUGUUUGGAUAAUUUUUAGUUUUGAAUUUAAUUAGAUUUAAUAUAAAAUUAUAUUAAAAUUUAUUUAAAUCUAUUCAAAUCUAAAUCUAAGAUUUUAAAUGAAUGCUCCCAAACACAAUAUUGGAGUCACAUAUAAUGACGUUAUAGACCCAAUUGUAGAGUUCUACCCAAUUCAUUACUACCGGUCAUGGGCAACUUGUAUGUGCGUGCUCUUCCGUUUGUUUAAACUUUUAAAAGGUUAUAAAGAAAAUAAUAAAAAACUAAAUAGUAUAAGGACAUUUUGGAUAGUUGUAGAUAGUUAUAAGGUAAUAUGGAUAAAUUUGACAUAAUUAUAAAAAUAUUUUUAAAAAAUUGUGGGUAGUUAAAAGAGUAUUUUGGAAUAUUUAUUGAUAAUUACAGGGAUAAAUUUGAUAUUUUUGAAAGAUGAUACCGGAUUGGGGAAUUCCCUUUAUAUAAUAGCAUAGUUGUGAGGGUGGAGGAUGCUGAUCCGUAGGUUUGGUGUUGCACCAGAGGGUCCGAAGGACUCGUUGGUGGUUGAAGUUUUAAUGUAAUAAAACAAAAAAAAAAGAAAAAAGAAAAAAAAGAAAGGUUAACACUUUAUUUUUGUGUUUUUGUCAAAUUUUAGAAGAUUAUAUUAAACUUUAAAAUUUUAAAAGCUUUAGUUUUGUUAAAUUCCAAAGGGUCAGUAUAUUUUGCAUUCUAACUUUUACAUUGUCCUUACUAUUGCUAUUGCCAUUGCUAUUGUAAUUAUUAUUGUUAUUAUUGAGGUGAGUGGUGAGUGGGGAGUGUCUCACGCCUUGAAAACAACCACAUGAACAUUAUUGCUAUGGUGAAAAUUUCAACUCUUGACUUCCAUUUUUCCACACCCAUCUGUCACACACCCAGCAGUGAUUGGUGAUGGUCGCGCACUAUUUUUUUUUCUUCAUCAGAAAUUAACCUUUCCAUAAGAUCUGAACUUCUUCCUCAAUAUUGGAGAAUUAGUUUUAACCUUUCUUUAUGGAUGUGAUGCCACUUGACUUAAUUUCAUGUGUUGAGUGUUGACUUGUUAAACUGAUAAAAGGAAACCAUGAACAGAGUCUAAUCAUUUUGAUACAUAUUUUUAAAAAGUUAGGGGAACUAUUACUUUCAUUUUUUUGUUAAAAAAAAAAAAUUAUGUUUAAGCUUUAUGCCAUCUAAAAUUACUUUCAAAAGCAACUAACUAAUUAUGAUUGAAUUUAAUUCUGUCUAUAAAUGUUAUGUUUUACUCUUAGAAAGUAAAUAUAUUUUUGUCUAGUAAAUGAUUCACACUGUUGUACUUUUAUAUUUGUUGUAUAAAUAUGAAAAAGUGAGCUUGUUAACGAUACAUGUUUAGGAGGUAAUUCAUGGUGUGCCAAAGGCAUUGUGGAAAUCCAAUUGAGUGCCCUUUAAAGGAUAGGCUAGCAUAAGAUUUACAUGAGAGUGUGUUGAUUUGAUUUACAUGUAAAGGUCAUACAUAUCUUGUGUUACUCCUAUAAAAUUUGGUUGUUGAUGUACCUGGAUAAACGAUGGCUUUGGUUGGAAGAAUUGAGAGAACCUAUAUAUUCAGAGAUUGUAGGACUAUUGGAGUGGAUGUAGGACUGUAGAAUGGGUAGACCAAAUGACCAUACAUUAUUUAUGUGAGGACCAGCUUAUCAAGUUUUUAUCCGGGAAGACAUAAUAGCCAUGGUGGCUCUCUUGUCAUCGGCAUCACUGGCCUAAUUGACACUGGAGAAUGCUAUGAGAUCAAAAUUACUUAAAGACUGAAGAAAAAGACCACGAUGCCAACCUACUAGGUAUAGGUGAGACAUUGAGUGUAUUGAUGGACAUUAUUAGACGUGAUAUAUUUCUAGGGCCAACAAUUGAUGCUGCAUGCUAGGAUGUUCAUGGAAGCACUUAGCAGCUAGGAAAGCUUUUUGUGUAAUUUAUGCCUUUGGCAGACUGUUUGGCAUGAUACACCCAUUUUCAGUGAAUGAUGUUUUGAGAAGGUGAGUGCCAAUUUUGAGGUGUCGUAUUCUUAUCGCAUAGCUGUCCACCAAUGGGGGGGAUAGUGUUUGUCCUUAGUGUGACUAGUAGGCCCCAAAAUCGAAUUUCUAAAAGGAGAGAUGGGAUAUUUGGAGGCUUGAAACACUCAUUGUUUAAAAGAGUUAGUCUUGGAUGGUUGGGUGGUGAGUGGAGGGUUGCCAUCAGUUGGUACGAGUGAUAUUGAGAAGGGAAUUGAUAUGGAAAAAUUGAACUGCAAUGAGAGAGGAGGUAUGGGUAAGUGUUGAGAAGGGGAAAAGGAAGAAGCUAAGGCCUGAGGUUCAAGUGAAAGGGGUAGAAAUAUUAGGUGAGGAUUGUGGCUGAGGUGUUGGAAUGAGACAAGGUGUGGGAAAUAUUAGGAACUGAGGUGUGUGGACAAGAUAGAAGAUGUGUAAAACCAUGAUUUUGAAGGAAAGUGGAGAUGGGUCAAUAUUCACACCACCCCAAUUAAUUUGAAGGCAUUUUGAUUUUAUUGUCUAAUUGUGUUUGGAUAAAUUAUCGGCCAAUCUGGUACAGACUUAACAUUUUUGGUUGUGUUUUAGAGUUCAAAUGUCAUCUGCAAAACCCAGGCUUGUCAUUGUGACGAACUCCAUGCAAUUGAAGCUUUGUGACAGUCGAUGAUAUCAGCCAAAGUCGGCUGGUUGAGGGAGGAUAGUGACCAACCUUCAAAAUAGCUGGUCUUGCCACAGCUAGGCAAUGUAUUUUGGGUUCACUUUUAGUUAACCUUUAAGGUCAGGCUUCGCGAUUCCAACACAAUGGGUACUUGGACCAAUGGUUGGUUUGGUGAUAAUAGUAAUAAUAAUUUUGACUACUGAGUUGAAAGUUUCAAUCAUACAGAACUUGCUUAUCAUUUGAGGCUGGCUUACUUAAGAUGCGUUCGAGAGUGGAUUUCGAAUCUUGAAUUUAAAUUUGUGCAGAGCUGAAUGAAACUCAAAUCACGCGUUCUCCAUUAGUCUCCAAAUUUAAUGAGCGCAUUGGAGAUAAAAUUAUUUCUCAUGACACCAUUUGGGUCCAAAACUUGGUUAAUGAAACAUUUUCUUAUGGGUUUCUUAUAAUUUUUCAUGGGAUUUAUGUUAUAAUACAUAAAAGUCUUUUGCUUAUCUAAAUUAUUUUAAAGCGAACGCAACUGUUGAAGACUUUCUCCUCGAUGUUGAUUACUUUGUUCAUACCUUUAAAUUUGAAUUUGAUUUUAAAUUCUUGUAAUUUUUGAUUUUUGCACAGAAGAAAAUGCUGGGGAUCAUCUCAAGAUGUUUGGUGCCAAGUUGCUCAGUGUGAGAAGCCACUGCAAUGGGAUUAUAUGUAAUAUGUAUAUGAAGAUAUAUGUAAGACUCCUUUAAUCAAUGCAUGCAAAUUAAUUUUCUUCCAA